UUUCGCUCCCCUUUGUUUUCCCUCUUUCUAUCUUAUUUCUACUUUACUGUAUCUUGAAUUCUACAUUUUUUUUUCUUUUUUUAAUAUUCACUUCAUAUAUAGAUAGACAUAUACACAUACACACACGCGUGCACAUUAUGGAAGUGGAUUGCAAGGUUGUGUUGGACCAAUGGUUGACUUGUCCAGAACAAAAGGUUCUACCUUCCUUUUUAGCAUCUAUUCUAUUAUUCGUCAACAAAACUCCCAAUGGUAUUGAGGUGCUUCUGCAUCUAUUGGAUCAGUAUUGGAACCCUUCAUCAGGAACAGUGAUUUUCGAAGACUCCAUAACUAUAAGUGAUAUUCGUGUCAAAUGUAUUGAUUUAUUGGCCCAAACAAUUACUCCAAGUAUCUCAUUCCUCAAGCCCGCCACUGUCAAUACUAUUUUACAGUUUAUGGAUGGGAAAUUGGUAGAACCAUUGACGGUAUCACGAUUUAUAGAUAUUAUUUCAGUCUUGGUUGAACAUGAUUUAUGUACCACACAGCAUUGUAUGACCAUAUGUAACCAACUAUUCUCUUAUAUUCCUGGCAAGAAAUGGAACCAACCCACUCGAUUCAAGAUAUUCACUAUUCUUGGUCAUCUUCUUCAAAAAUAUUAUAAAGAUAUCAAUCGAUCGUCAAUGAAUUUUAUUGAUGGCUUUAUCUCUAUUAUGGAUGGGGAAAAAGAUCCUAGAAACCUUUUGCUUGUUUUUGAUCUUAUACGAUUUGUGAUUGAAAAGUUAGAUAUAUCAAGACAUGUCGAAAAUAUAUUUGAUGUAGUAUUUUGUUAUUUCCCUAUCAGUUUUACGACGCCACCAAAUGAUCCUUUAGCUAUCACAUCCGAUCAACUGAAACAUAGUCUAAGACUUUGUUUAGCUGCAUCUCCUUAUUUUGCUUAUUUUGCCACUCCUUUGUUAAUUGAAAAAUUAGUAUCAAGUUCUGGCAGUGCCAAGAAAGAUACUAUGGAUACCAUUCGAAUGUGUGCUCCAUCUUAUGGAGCUCAUGCUUUACUACCUCAUGCACAAGAUUUAUUUGGGGCACUGGUGAAAGAAGUCUAUCAAAGUUCUGAUCUAGCAAUGAAAUCCAUCGCUCUAGAAACAAUACAUCAAGUGGUAGCAACUCUUGCUACAGGAAUUAGUAUCGUCAAUAUCCGUGAUCCUGUGGAAAGAGCUAUAGAGGAUUUAUUACAUCAAGCUGUGGAAAAUCUCAAACAACCUGAAUUGAAAAAUGCAAGAUCUGCUUCAUUGAUCUUACGAUCUGCCGCUUCAGCUUCUGAUCCUGCCUGUACCUUGGUUGUUAAUGCCGUAUUACCAUUACUUUAUCAUGAACACAAAGUUACCGACAUGGUGAGUCGUCAAAAAGCCAUCUUGGGUAUCCUGAUCGAUAUUUUGGAAGCAAGCAAUAGUCUUUAUGGAUCUAUAAAUAGCACUACACAAGAUCGUGAUCUUCAAACUCCUUUGACUCUUUAUAAACAGCAACUUUUACAAAUAUUUGUGACAUCGCUGAUCAACGAACGACACUAUUCCUUUGAUCAUCAGUUACGAUAUCAAAGUCUUUUGGGUAUUCGAUUGAUGGUGAUUAUGAAACGAUUUUUGUCAAUGGAAGAAGUUGAUGUUACUGUGGCCCAUUUGACUCGUCAAGCUUUAGAUAACGAUAAGGAUAUCAGAAACUUGGUGCUUUCCACUUUAGCAAUUGUAUCCAUCCAGGCUCCUGACUCCCUUAUUCGACAUACAUUACCUUAUUUACUAGAAAAUUUAGAGGCCUCUCAUCAAGAUGAAAACAAAUUCGAAGAAAUACUAAUAGCCAUCCAAACGUUGACCGUAGAACCAGUUCUUGUAUGUGCAGUGACCAAACCGCUACUUUCUAAAAUGAGUGCUGCAUGUCGUAGAUCAGAUGCAAUCGACUCAGCUUAUACUCGUGCCCUGGCAAAAACUCUUUAUCAAAUCUUGGAUCAAACUAAAAUUACACCGCAGGUUCUACAUGUGAACCAAACUAUAAUCUUCCCUACCAUAGUCACCGAAACGGUCAAAGCUAGUCUGAAUGUUGUUGAUCCUCAUAAUUGUUGGCAUUUGAAUUCUUCUUUGUUGAGUAUCCUGGCUCUCAUUCUUGCUGUCAUUGUGCGAAGCUCAAGUUCAAAUGAUCAAGAACAAAUGGUAGCGAAAGCAUUCAAUCUAUUUAUAAACGAUACUAGUGGACAAGUUGUCAGUCAUCAUCUAUUUGGAACUUGUGUAGCAUCAAAUGACGAUGAAGAUCGUUGCGAAAAGGAUAUGACCAUAUUCUUCCCGGCCAUUCUUGGAAACUGUUGGAAAGAGGUACGACUACCUCUUUCGAAUGUAAAGCUAUUUUUGAAAAAUCUUAUCCUACACUCGACAGAAGUGACCUGUGAAACAAGACGAUUAUCCUUAGUUAAGACUGCUGCAGUUAUUAUCAAUAAAUGGGUGAAUAGUAAGGGGAUACAUUAGCAUGCUCGAUAUGGAACUUAGUUUUGUUUAUGUUUUAGAUGAUAUAGUGACUUUUUUGAAACAAUGCAUACAAACUGAACUUGAACCUCUUUUAUGUGGCCAAGAUAUGUCAAACAGAAAAACCACACUGACUGUCUUUGUUUGGGUAAAUACAAAAAGGGGCAACAUCAAAAAAAAAAAAAAAAAA